AUGUCACACCCUCCAUGUCCCCGCCGCCCACGCACCUGGACCCUUCAACUGACUCAUACAUCCUUUGGUGGUAGAUGGGCUGAGCGUCAGGCCCGCCCGAUCAGUCUUCGCCAGUUGACAUUCUUUGGCCGUACGUUGACCGAGCCUCGCUUGAUUAGCUCGGCGAACUAUGUGCGGACUGAAUUACCAACACGACUUGCGCAUCGCCUGCGAGAUAUUCAACAGCUGCCCUACGUGGUCGUCGCCAACCCACACCUUUCUCUGGUCUAUGAACUCUACUACAAGGCCUUUGAGCGAUUCCGUGUGAUUCCCGAGAUCCAAUCACUGGAUGACAAUGAUCGAUUCUGUGAUAUUCUCCGGGAUAUGCUGAGAGAGCAUUUGGUGGUGAUCCCAAACCUGGCGAUGGGGGUUCUCGAGUGCCGCAAUCUGGUCCCACCCAAUGAGAUGGACAAGUUCAUGAACACUCUUCUACGAGCGCGCAUCUCUCGCCGGGUCAUUGCCGAGCAACAUCUCGCUCUGACCGAAACAUUCAAUUCCCCCUGGCAUUUCCAAGACUCCCACGACCGGACCGACUUGAAUGCCGAUUUUGUAGGCGAAGUCUUUUUGAAGUGCAGAGCCAAAGAGGUUGUUGAGCGCUGUGGACGAGUAGCCCAAGACCUGAUGCGCCAGACUUCGAGUACUGCACAGCUUCCCGAGAUCAAAGUGCAGGGGCAUCUCGAUGCGACCUUCCCGUACAUUCUGAGCCACCUGGAGUAUAUUGUGGGGGAGUUGCUCCGGAACUCGGUGCAGGCCGUGGUUGAGAGAUAUCACGACUUGGGCCAUCCGCCACCACCCAUUGAAGUACUGAUCUGCGAAACGCCUCAGCACGUGAUUAUGCGUAUCUCGGACCAGGGCGGUGGGAUUCCGCGGGAGAUCCUCCCGUACCUGUGGUCCUUCAGCAAGGGACCGCGCACCCAGACUCGUCUGGAGAAUCUGGGGCGUGUCCCGGCCAUGGCUGCGACGAUGCAGGAAUUGAAGGUGACCGAGCGCAAGCCCGAACGUGAAAGCUGGCACGAGGGGUCUCUGGAUUCCUUGACCUCUCGGCCCCCCAACCUGCGGCUGGGGAUGGGACUGCCGAUGAGUCGGGUCUAUGCCGAGUACUGGGCCGGCAGCCUGGAGCUCCAUAGUCUGGAGGGAUACGGUGUCGAUGCCUUUCUCCAGAUCUGCAAGUUGGGGAACAAGAACGAGCAGGUGACGACCCGUGCCGCCAUUGAUGCCGUAUAA